AUGCAGCCUCAAGGUCAAGACAGCUAUGAGGGGGAUUUGAAGAUACCCACCUCAGUUCUGGAUAGAUGCAAAGAGUUCUUCCUCACUGCAGAUGAGAAAUGCCAAAAAGCCAGCACACAGUUCUUCAUGGACACCAUUAAUAUGAUGUCAGCUGGUGAGCGGCAACACUACACACUCACACUAAUCCAUCACCUCUUUCAACAUCUCCCCUCCUCAGCAACAGUUGGACUCCUCUAUGACAUCGCAUGUCAGCUGCAUUGCAGCUGUAUCAACUGGGGUUUUCUUGGUGAUGUCAUUGAUCGCAGGACCUUUGCGAUAUCAAUAUUCCACACAUACGGCCAUCAAUGGUCAUGUCAAGUGAUCUACCACCCUCGCAAAUGCAUCGGGUUUGGAUUAACAGAUGGAUAG